ACUGGUGUAAACUUAAGGCUAAUUAGGAAGUGGUUGUUUUAGUUCACUUGCGAUCAGCUGGUGAUGGCAUCAUCCAUAAACAUCUUGAAAGCCGACUCUGUUCUUCGUCUCAGUACUUUUUUAAAACGUUGGAAACCGGCAUGGCUAGUACUUUAUGCGAAUGGUGAGCUGCGGUACUUUGAAAGUAAGGAUGACUAUGUAGCGAAAGCGACUAUUAAUGUUCCACGAAUAUGCAGAGAAAUUCUAUCUGGUCACCGAAAUAUCGAUCCACCUAAAGAUCGUUCUAGCGAGUGCAUUUUCGGCCUCAGGACAGAUGAAUCUAAUUGGUAUUUCUGCGCCCAGUCACCUGAUGAUGCAGUAGUAUGGCGUCUUGCUUUAUCCGAAGUGAAAGGAAUGUCCAUCCCUCGCUAUCGAGUUCGUAUGCCACCUCCAGAAGCUCCACCACCAGGAUAUACAGAUGGCACAAACUACUAUCAAUACGCAUGUCCCGCUGAAACCACAGUUCCUUUAUACCAAGCUUCUGGAGGAAUGCGGGAAGUACCUAUGAUAUACCGUGGUUCAGAUGGUGAAUAUAUAAUGCCACGACAGAUUAUUGAACAUCCUGAUGGAUCGCGUACAAUUAUCCUUGGUGAUGGAAAUGAAAUUCCAUGUCAUUGUCGACAUGGUUAUUAUUGUGGAUGUGGUUAUGGUUUUGGUGAUGCAGCUUUAUUAGGUUUAGCAGCUGGUACACUUAUGUGGUCUCCAUUCUUAUGGUCCCCAUUUUUCUGGUGUUAAGUAUUAUAUUGUUGAUAAAGUCGAUGAUGAGAAUGAGGUUGAUUUACUAAACACUGUCAUAAUUCUGUCACAACACUCACAUUUGUUUUUCGCUUUUUCUCCAUUUUGUUGAGAUUUUUUUUGUGUCAUAUAAGGUAGAGUUGACUAAUAAAUAUUUUCAUUUCAUACUAUCAUGGUAUCAUUUUUCAUCAUUUUUCUUGUGUUAUCUCUAUAUCUCUCUCAAAAGUGAUAUUCAGGUGGGUUUUUUUUGUUAAAUGGUAAUUUCUACUUAUUUUGUUUUCUCAUUCACUGAGAUAAUAUCCACCUAUUUCUUUAUCUUAUUAACAUAAGAAUAUUUUUGGAAUACUUUGUUUUAUUCAUAUUUUGAAUUGUGCUUUUCUGAUAAAACAGUAAUAAUAAUAAUAAUAAAUAUCAG